AUGCCCACGUCAGCGGGCCUUCUCGCACCUAGACCUGCUAUACCCGAUAUCGUGGAGAGGGCUGCUCCAACCCAGCCCAACCUCGUCAAGAUUCCCUCCUCAAGUCGCCGACCCGCCAACAUCCCCCUCCACACGUUGUCGUCGUCACGUUCUUCCACCGACGAAAAGCGUGGCCGCCGCCAUUCCAACAGCGGCUCCGAGCACUCGGAUCUCGACUCUCUGUGGAGCGACACAGGCGAUCUCGUCGACCAGCUCGGCGAGGAGGAGGAUCCCUUGCAGGCACGGCUUCGCCAAUCGCAGGAAUUUGGAUCCUCAUCCGUCCCGCACCGCCGGCACCCACGCCACGUUCAUUACGCCGACGACAGCGAGAAGCCUGGUCGCAUUCGAAAGGAGGACAUAGAGAUCCCUAACAUCAAACGCCCGCUAGCUGGCCGUGGAGAACGGUUGCUCGCCGCCAUCAUGGCCCCUAACGAUGGCCCCUCCCGGAUGCACGGGUUGCAUGGGAAGAAGCUGAUCUACUUCACCAGUGUAUUCGUAUCAUUAGGCGUAUUCCUGUUCGGUUACGACCAAGGCGUCAUGUCGGGUAUCAUCACAGGAUCGUACUUCAAAGAUCAAUUCGACCAGCCCACUCGAGCCCAGAUCGGCACAAUGGUGGCCAUUCUCGAAGUCGGCGCGUUCAUCUCCUCCGUGGCCGUCGGAAAGAUAGGAGAUGCCAUCGGGCGGCGGCGCACAAUUCUAUACGGAUCGAUAAUAUUCGUGAUCGGCGGAGCUUUUCAGUCUUUCGCGAAUACCUUGUCCAUGAUGAUGGUCGGUAGGAUCAUUGCCGGUCUGGGUGUUGGUGCUCUGUCCACCAUCGUGCCCGUUUAUCAGUCUGAGAUAUCCCCGCCCCACAACCGCGGCAAGUUGGCUUGCGUUGAGUUUACCGGCAACAUCUGCGGCUACGCCGCCAGUGUCUGGGUCGACUAUUUCUGCAGCUACAUCAAGAACAACUGGGCAUGGCGUCUUCCCUUGCUCAUGCAGUGCGUCAUGGGCAGCUUGCUCGCGAUGGGCAGUCUAGUGAUCUGCGAAUCUCCCAGGUGGCUUCUCGACCAUGACCACGAUGAGGAAGGUAUUGUAGUCAUCGCCAAUCUUUACGGCAAGGGCGACAUCCACAACCCCAAGGCCCGCGACGAGUACCGCGAGAUCAAGAUGAACGUCCUGAUCCAGCGCCAGGAGGGCGAGCGUUCUUACAGCGACAUGUUCAAGAGAUACUACAAGCGUGUCUUCAUCGCCAUGUCCGCGCAGGGUCUCGCCCAGCUCAAUGGCAUCAACGUGAUAUCGUACUACGCGCCCCUGGUGUUCGAGCAAGCGGGCUGGGUCGGCCGCGAAGCUAUUCUGAUGACCGGCAUCAACGGCCUGAGCUAUCUCGCCUGCACCAUUCCUCCGUGGUACCUCGUCGACAGCUGGGGCCGCCGCCCGAUCUUGCUUGGUGGCGCUCUCAUGAUGAUUGUUUCUCUGUCGAUGAUCUCGUACUUCAUCUUCCUCGACAUCCCGGCCUGGACACCUCGCAUGGUCGUCAUCUUCGUCAUGAUUUACAACGGCGCCUUCGGAGCGUCCUGGGGCCCGAUUCCCUGGCUCUACCCCCCCGAGAUCCUGCCGCUCAGCAUCCGUGCCAAGGGCGCUUCUCUCAGCACUGCUACCAACUGGGCUUUCAACUGGCUGGUUGGUGAGCUGACUCCCGUCCUCCAGGAGGCGAUCCAGUGGCGUUUGUACCUUGUGCACGCUUUCUUCUGCGCCGUCAGUUUCAUUGUUGUCUGGUUCAUCUACCCCGAGACGGCCAAUGUGCGCCUGGAAGACAUGAACAGUCUUUUCGGCGAUGCCACGUCGCAGAUGCCCACGCCCGCCACCCUGGCCGAAGCGGAGUCGCUCUUCAGCGGCCACGGCUCGCCAGUGCCGUCGCUGGAUAUCCGCCGCGGUGUCGGCGCCGACAAUGCCAUCCCCGGCCUCGACAUCAACCCGCCGUCGGUGCCGGUCGAGGGCGGCAAGCCCAAGUUCUCGAAGUCCGAAUCGGACGACCGGUCCGAAGGCGUUGGAGGCUGGAUCUCCAACUUGGUCAAGCGCUCCAAGGGUAACGGCGAGGGCGACAGCCAAAGCGGGAGUUACAGACGCGUCAACCAGGACGACGAUUAG